GGGCCACCGGUCCACUCGUCACCAUGAGCGGCACGGACGGCGUGGAGAGCUUCGAGAGCCCGGACAAAGGGCGAGGCCUCCGGGUAAGCAGAGCCUUCCACGUCGGGGAGCUGCUCUUCUCCUGCCCGCCCUACGCUUGCGUCCUCUCGGCCCAAGAGCGGGGAGCCUGCUGCGACUUUUGCUUCAACAGGAAGGAGAGCCUGGCUAGAUGUGGAAAGUGCAAGAAAGCCCACUACUGCAAUGGCAAAUGUCAGAAGGGCGACUGGGCGGCGCACAAGCUGGAGUGCUCGGCCAUGGUGGCCUACGGCGAGAACUGGCGCCCGUCGGAGAGCAGCCGCCUGGUGGCUCGAAUCCUGGCCAAGAAGAAAAUGCAGCAAGAAAGAAGUGCGUCCGAGAGGAUCCUGCUGGUCGGAGACAUGCAGUCACACGUGGAGGACACAGACAAGGAGAAAGGAGACAACAUCCAGGCGGACGCAGCCGGACUACAUCGCUUUUACUCCAAACAUUUGGACUUUCCCGACUCCAAAGAGCUUCUCUCGCUUUUCUCACAGGUUUCCUGUAAUGGCUUCACAAUAGAGGAUGAGGAAUUGUCCCAAGUGGGCACUGCAAUCUACCCAGAUGUAGCGUUGCUCAACCACAGUUGCGUUCCCAACGCCAUUGUGACCUUCAAGGGUCGCGAUGCUGAGGUGCGGGCCGUCCGGGACAUGAAGGCUGGAGAUGAAGUGUUGAUCAGUUACAUCGACCUGCUCUACCCGACAGACGACCGCAACGAAAGACUCCGAGAGUCCUACUACUUCACCUGCGACUGCGAAGAGUGUCGCAGCAGAUGCAAAGACAAGCUGAAGCUGAAAGUGCGCAAGCGUGGCGAACCGGCGGACGCCGAGGCCAUGAUGCGCUGCGCUCGCAAAAGCAUCCGGGACUUCCAGGAACUCAAACGUGUGAAAACCCCUAGCGAGCUUCUGGAGACGUGCGAGCAGACCCUGGAGAAGAUGGGCGGCGUGCUGGACGACGCCAACGUCUACAUGUUGCACUUCGACUACCAGGCCAUGGGCGUGUGCGUCUACCAGGGAGACGUCCACGCUGCCGUGCGCUAUGGAGAGAUGCUCCUUCAACCAUUCAGCCAGCUGUAUCCGGCCUACUCGCUCAACGUGUCGUCUUUGUACCUGAAGCUGUCCCGACUCUACCUGGCCUUGGACAGACGCUCGGCAGGGGUCGCCGCGCUCCAGCAGGCAAUGAGCAUCAUGCAAGUGGCCCACGGGAAAGACCAUCCCUACGUCCGAGAACUGCGCGAGCGACUCACCUCAUAGAGCCCCCCCAUCCGUCCCGCCAACGAGCUUCCGGCGACGUCCGCUCGACCUCCGGAGAUACGAGCUGUUAGACGGACGAUUAGUUUCAUUUAGGAUGGCAAAAACCUCCAAUGCAUUUUGGAGUUCAAAUGUCAA